UUCACCCCUAAAAGAUACCCAAGGCUCCAAAUUUACACCCUCAAAGAUACGACGAUGAUCCCCGUCCGAUCGAUAUAGGGAGUACCCCCCGGGGUGUGUUCCCGAAGGUUGCACUAAUUUACAUACCACACAUAUAAAAAACAUGCAGAGCAAAGAACUGUAAACCCAACUGAGUGGAACAAGAUGUCUUAAUUAAAAAAGAGACACACCAAAUAGUAAAUCAUAAGCUAGUUGGAGCUCAUACUGAUAAACGGCUAUCUAGCACCCUUAUCUGUAUUUUACUAAAGAAACAAAACAUUCAAGGAAUGGCUUACCUUGGAAUUUGCUGUGGUAGUUGGAGAAACGUCGCUUGUUUCCUAAUCUUCGGACUACAGUGCGUUUUUCAUCAACGUGUACUUGGGGUCGCCGCCCAAGACAUCCUGAUGGGGAGCACUCUACCCACAAGCUCUCUUAUUCUAAGUGUAUCCAUCCUCGAGCUUGUAGUCAAACUUAUAGCACCGUGGAUCGUAUAUCGCAUUCCUUACACAGCCUGCGCCAUUAUUGGUCUCGUGUUAUCAACAGUGUCUGUCAUUCUAGUCGUGGUGAUGGAAUCGGUGUUCUUAAGGCUAGGGGGUGCUGUGUUGAUAGGUGGCGCGCUGGCCUGGAAUAUAAGUCUGUUUCUAGCCAUGACAGUGCGGUUUUCUAACUUCACCGAGCUGACGAGUGCCCUAGAGACGGGGAUUAACUGUGGCUCGAUGUUAGCAGCAGUGUAUUAUACCGGUCUGACGACUUCCCAGUGUAUCACGCCGCGUGCUGCCGUUGCGGGCACACUAGCGUUCAGUGCUAUCUACCUGGCUUUCUUCUUUGCCCUGGAAGACUCACAGAUCGAUCACGGGGAGAAUUCAGAAGUCAAGUAUCAGCCUUUAUUACAAGACCUUGAUGAGACAAAAGACAAUGCAACCAGCUGUGGAGGAAAAUCCAGAAUCCUGAUACAAGUUCUACCUAUCUGCCUUUAUCUCUAUGUCGGCUUCUUCGCUUUCUUCUUCUCCCAUUACUCGGUGCUCACAACUCUAGUUUUUCCUAACGCUCCCUUUAAAUCUUCCAACCAUUUCAAGUUCUACACCCUCGCAUUCGGCACUUCGCGGUUUCUUGGCUGUUCUGAGCUUCUUUUCGUAUCUCGUUUCUUCCCCAAAGCUUUACCUUACGCACGGGUUCACCGCCUGUGGAUACUUUCCUUGCUUGAUUUCGCUCACGUGAUCUUCUUUAUCUUUGUCACGUGGUAUCGGUUUAUCCCUAAUGUCUGGAUCGUCCUUCUGCUAUGCGCUACCCACGGCUUUAUCAGCGGCUCUGUCAUGGUCAACGGAGCACUAGAAGCGGCGGGACAAUUUGAAGAUCCUGUCGACAAGGGUAUAGCAAUGGGCAUGAUUCAGUGGGGAAGUACCGCUGGGAUAAUCGCAGCAAGUGUCGUGGGCUUAUUUACUGAGCCCGCGCUCAUGCAGCACUGCCAGGAUGAGUUGAGGCUUGGGGAGUAUUGCUUCACGAGGGAGAAUUAUACCACGGGGUGGAGCCAUCCAAGAUGUUAGAACUACACUAUUCACCGUCCGUAGCAGGCCUCGAAAUAUUAGGGACCUUGAGCAAGGACGACGGCAACGCCUAGGACAACGAGAUCGAAAAUGAUGUGUUCGCGCCUUGCGAUCAAUUAUAAUUUCAUUGCAAUGGAAUUAGCGAAACAUUAUAGUCAGAGAUAGAUAAAAA